AUGUUAAGCACUAAUCAAAACUAUAACUCCAACAUGAGCAAUCUUAUUUUUCAUAAUCUCAAAACACAAGCUUCUUUCUUCUUCAAGGAGAAGAUAAAGUCUGCUCGAUUGGCCCUCACCGAUGUUACACCCGCAGAACUGUUGACAGAAGAAGCGACAAGUGGAAAUCUAUGGCCACCAGAUACACGUACCAUGGGUGUGAUAUCAAGGGCUGCCUUUGAAGUUGAUGAUUAUUGGCGGAUUGUACAUAUUGUACACCAGAGGUUUCUGAAGUUUGAUGGGAAGAACUGGCGAGCCUCUUACAACGCUCUAAUUUUACUGGAACACCUUCUAACUCAUGGACCCAAAAGCGUUGCUGAGGAGUUUCAGAACGAUGAAGAUGCUAUAAAGGAGAUGGGAAAGUUUCAAUAUAUUGAUGAGAAAGGUUUCAACUGGGGCUUCAGUGUCAGAAAAUUAUCUGAGAGAAUAAUACAACUUCUCGAAAGUGAGUCACUACUCAAAGAAGAGAGAUCAAGAGCUCGUAAGCUAAGUAGAGAGAUUAAAGGGUUUGGGAGCUUCACCCAGCAGCGAUCCUCAACAAUGGAUGAAGGUUUCAGAGACUCAAAUGUAAAAACAUACGGGAGAUGUAGUUCUUACUGUAAUGAUUAUAUAAAUGAGCAUGACAAACUGGGGGACUUGAGCCAGAGUUUCUUGAAUGAGGAAAGGACUGAAAAAUUACCUGAAAAGCCACCAAAGAAUUCUGAGUUCUGGGCAAAUACCGCUGGAGAUAAUGGAUAUCUUAAGGAAGAAAAACACCCAUUCUUGUGGAAAGACGAGCUUGAAUCUACAGCAUCAUUGCUUUCGUCUAUCAGAUGA